AACGCGCUCUCGACAAAUGCACUUUUGUUAACUAUUUUAGAAAUUCACUGAACAAAAGCCACAAACUUGGUCGAUGUUACUUAAAGUGGGGCGAUAUAAGGAUGUGCGAAAUCAGGCUUGACGUCAUCAAAUCCAAUGAAAGUGUUCCUUAUAUGGUGAUGUUCCAAAUGUGCCAGGCCAUCAUAAACAAAAUAAAUUUUUUUUAUUUAUUUUUUUUUCGACAUCUUUCAACUCAAAACGAUUCAACCUACUUACACUACUUGAAUUCAAUGUGGACUAAAGCGCGACACUUGAAUCACUCACAAAAGCAACGUAUUACCAACAAUUUGUUUGUCGCCGUAGCUGUGGGUGCUGUCUUGACAGUAGCAGGUCCCACUUUACUCCCUUGUCCAGCUUAUGACCAAAAUGAUCGAUCCGCAUUUCUAGAGCAAGAAGAGUCAACGCAUACAAAAAAGAAAGUCGUUAUUGUCAAGAAGAAGAGAAAAGAUACCACACAACAAGUUUAAAUUAUAUCCCCCCUUUUCUCUCCCCCUUUCUUUUUUGUAAAUAGACCCUCUCUUUCUCACUCAUAAAACUGCCCUUAAAAAAAAUAAGCUUUUUUUUUUAUGCAUUUUGUGUUUAAGCAUGACUUUGUUAAAUAAAGUAAUUUCACCCUUUAUUAGUUACAAUGGGACACUAUUCAUGUUUGACAUAAUAAAAUAAGUAACACAUAUUUAUUCAAUGUCAAUUGAUAAGACCCU